CAGCAACAUUAAUGGGGCCAUGAGGCAUCCUGCUCAUGUCCUCCAUGCUUAAGCAAAGGGGCAUUAGACGGCAGUAAUGCUGGCGGGUUUGAGCGUCCUGUCUACGGUAUAGCCAGGGGUGUCGACAUGGCGAGCACCAGGAAGGCGCUCAACCUGUGGAACAGGAGACAGAGCCUUUUUCCCAACUACAAAGUCACUGCUUCGGACAUUGAUCGAAGACCCUCAGAAGACAUCCUUCCAUUUGCUAAGGAAAGCUGCGUGAAAACAUGGAACUCAAUGCAAGAGCUGAGCAAGGACAUCUACGACAUCUAUGCCGAGUAUGAGGAUGAAGAGGAUGACAACCUGCCAUUCAGCCCCACCAAGCACAUGCCAUUCCCCAAGAAAAACUACAUGAUCAACAUCAAUGUAGGGGGCAAGUCCUACCAGAUAGCGUACAGGAUGGCUGCCAAGUACCCCAAGACCAGGAUAGGGCGUCUUGCCACCUACACAGACCACAACAUGAAGCUCGACCUGUGUGACGACUACACUGUGACCAACAACGAGUACUUUUUUGACAGGGACCCAGAUGUCUUCCACAGCAUCUUCAACUUCUACAGGACGGGUGUGCUGUGGAUCAAGGAUGAGUUAUGCCCCCGCAACUUCCUGGAGGAGAUCAACUACUGGGGGGUGAGGAUCAGGAAUACCCAUCGCUGCUGCCGAAUCUCCUUUGAGGAGAGGCAGGAUGAACUGAACGACCAGCUGAAGAUCCAAAGGGAGCUGGAGGCCGAGGUGGAGAUCGAGGAGAAUGAGGAGCUCUUUCAAGACAUGUUCUUGGGACAGAAACGCCGAGCCAUCUGGAACCUGAUGGAGAAGCCCUUUUCCUCUGUCCUGGCCAAGCUGAUGGCGGUAGCCUCCAGCCUGUUUGUCCUGAUCUCUCUGGUGGCCAUGACUCUCAACACAGUGGAAGAGAUGCAGUAUAGAACCGCUGCAGGUCAGCUCAGCGGGAAGACCUACUGCGAACAUGUGGAGUCUAUGUGCAUCGCCUUCUUCACCAUGGAGUAUCUGCUACGUCUGAUAUCCACACCCGACCUCAAAGCCUUUAGCAGGAGUGUGCUCAACACUGUGGACCUGAUCGCCAUCCUGCCUCAGUACCUACAGCUGAUCCUGGAGUUCUUUGAUAAUGAGGAAAACUACGUUAAACAUGAAGCUGACAUGCAGGCAGUGGGACAGGUGGGAAAGCUGGGGCAAGUGCUGCGGAUCAUGAGACUGAUGCGAAUCUUUCGUAUCUUGAAGCUGGCACGACACUCCACAGGUCUGCGGGCGUUUGGCUUCACCCUGCGUCAGUGUUACCAGCAGGUGGGCUGCCUCUUCCUCUUUAUCGCCAUGGGAAUCUUCACCUUCUCUGCCAUGGUUUUCACUGUGGAGCACGAUAUGCCGCAUACCAACUUCACCAGCAUUCCCCACGCAUGGUGGUGGGCAGCUGUCAGCAUCUCCACUGUGGGCUAUGGGGACGUCUACCCGGAGACCAUGCUGGGGCGUAUCUUCGCUUUCGUCUGCAUCUCUUUUGGAAUCAUCCUCAACGGCCUGCCCAUAUCCAUCCUCUUCAACAAAUUCUCAGACUAUUACUCUAAACUCAAGUCCAACGAAUACACAGCCAACAUGAAAAAACGGGGGAAAGUGAGAUUUGGCAAGAGGACUGCACACAAAUUUAACCUAUGCUUUGGAAAUGGACAGUCUCCAGAAAUAGACAAUUACAAUUAGAAAUACUAUGCCUGACUGACCUGCUUGAUCUUGGGACUAAAAUGUUUGUGUAAGCCUACACAAAGCUAUAUUUUUAAGCCAAUAAUUGGUCAGAAGCAUUGAAAAGAAAGACUCCAGAUUUUCUACUAAUUCUCAGUGAGAAAUACAAGAAAAAAUUAAAUCAGUAUCCACAGAUUACAGUAAGCCUGGCUCUUGACAAAUAGAGCAAAGGAGCAAGCCAGUGUUCUGUCUCAUGUUUUCCAGUUUCUUAAAAAUUUUAUUGACAGUGGAACAUUCUUUGUUUUCUAUUUGAAAUGUAUGUUUUUUUUAUUCAUUUAUUUUAAUAAAGAUGGAAUAAAGUUUUAUAUUACAUUAUGUCUUACCCAUACUACAUGCAAGUUUGGACUAGUGAGUGUAUAAUCCAUCUGCAUUUAUUUUCACAAUAAAAAAUAAUUAAUAUUGCCAGUGCCCUGCUGGUUGAUGCAUGCUGUUAUUUGUAACUUUGGUUUUGCAACUUCUUGCUAAACUAUAAUACAGUCUUCUGCUACGUGCUAUGCCCUGUAUGCCUGUUUGGGUUUUUGUUUUGGGGGAUCUGAGUUAGGCCUGUUAGACUUUGGAAGUCACGCUGCUCAGAGACAUUUUAGCCCCUAAUGCCUGUGUAUCUCAGCACAGAACAUUAGUUGCAGCUGUGAUUUCUAAACCUCUAGAGUAUACACAAUGGGAACCUCUAGCGGUUUGCAAAGGGUAUUAAAACUCUCAAUACUGGUGCUGCUUUUUAAGUGUUUGUAUGCUUAAUUUAACAGUCUGCAUGCAUAAGGUAACAACUCAUUACGGUUUGAUACCUUCCUGUUUUCAAUAAAUUCUACUCUGCUUAUGAAAA